AUGAAUGUGCUCUCGUUAUCUUGGCUGGCGAGCCGUGUGCUGUACAUAUUCGUGUACAUUUGGUAUCAGGAGACGGAAAAGCUUGCCCCGGGGCAGGCACCGCUUCGUUUCAAAAUAUGGUCGGUUGGCGCAAUGCUGUGCAUGUCCAUGUUUGUUUUAGCUGGACUGAAGUCCUGA